AUGGCACAAAACAAGACAAAAACGGUCGCCGUCAUAGGUGCUGGUAUCAGCGGAGUCUGUGCAGCUGCACACCUGUUGAGACACGGCCUCGAAGUAGUUGUGUUCGAGAGGUCAGGAAUUGCUGGCGGAGUGUGGCACUUCGACGAGCGCUCAGCCUCAGACCCUUCGUUUCCGAAUGAGCUUCCAUCAAAGGGGGACUAUGAGACAAGACCGGAGCUGGCAUUCAGCACUCCUCCACCAGAGGACGCGGAUAACGACAAACUGGAGAUUGCACAUGCGCCUCCUGGGCCAUGUUAUGCUGGAUUGAAGAACAAUGUCUCAACGAGGGAGAUGAGGACAAGUUUGCUCUCAUGGCCCGAGGGAACAGAGGAUUUUGUCAAUCAAAAGGUAUUGGAGGAAUACAUCCAGAACAUUGCAAUUAAGCAUGGCGUCUCCGCAAUCACACAAUAUCACACGCGCGUCGAGGAUGUACGAAAACAUUCUGGCGAAUGGCUCGUGCGGACAACAACGCUGCAGAAAGGGCCAUCCGGAUCGCGGUUCGUGGAGCGGCGCUGGACUUUCGAUGCCGUGGUUGUGGCGUCAGGACAUUACAACAUGCCGCGAGUGCCUGACUUUCCUGGUCUCAAGGAGUGGAAGCAUGGCUGGCCCGACCGAGUCUGGCACUCGAAAAGAUAUCGCAAUCCCCGAAUAUUCAAAGAUCAGAACAUCAUUCUCAUUGGAGCCGGAGUAUCAGCGAAUGACAUCGCCAAAGAAUCGGCGGGUUAUGCCAAUCACAUUUACCAGAGUUCUCGGGACGGAACUUACGACCUUCCUGCCAGCUUCUUGCCAGAAGGUGCCACAAGGAUAGGAGCCAUCAAAUCCUUUAAAUUGAAUGAGGACCACGGCGUGAGUACUCCAGAUUCAGGACCAAUUCCCGGGAAGGUGGUACUCGAAAGCGGCGAGGUCUUGACCGACAUUCAUUCGGUCAUCCUUUGCACGGGGUACAUAACCUCAUAUCCGUUCUUGCGCCAUCUGCACCGGGACGACAUUCCGGCGAGCGAAGCAGAUGAAUUUGUGCUUGUUACCGCGGAAGGGGACAUGGCGCACAACCUGCACAAGGACAUGUUUUACAUUGAGGACCCCUCGCUCGUAUUUAUCGGGGCUCCAUAUCACAUUGCCACAUUCUCGCUUUUCGAAUUCCAGGGCCAGGCAGUUGCAAGGGUAUUGAGCGGCAAGGCCGAGUUACCAUCCAAGCAACAGAUGCGCGAUGAGUACAAUGAGCGGGUACGAACCAGUGGCUUAGGGAGAGACUUUCACAGUUUGAAGGCGCUAGGGGCUGAAGAAGAAUAUGUCAAGGAUCUUGUCCAAUGGGUGAAUAAGGAUGCUGCUCGGCUUGGAAUUGACGACAAAAUGCAGGGUCACACGCCCGAAUGGCACCUUGCCAAGCUUGGCCGAGAAGCAAGGAUGAAGUUGUUGAUGAGUGCGAAAGAGCAGGAGAAGCAGGCGAAGCAAGAAAGGAUUGGAGUUGAAAAGUUGCCCACGACAGCAUAG